GUUCCUUUUGGAUAAACCAUCCACCAAUUCUCUCUCUUUAUCUUCACAAUGUCGACUCCGCCUGUUCACGAAGAGCAGGCAGUGCCAAUCUUCAAAGCCGUUUCCAGUUCCGCCCGGCAGCUCUUCCAAUUACUCAAUACUAUACGAUUCGCAACCAAAGUUCAAGUUCAAAUUAGUACCGAAGGUAUUCGAUUUGCGGUUGAAGAAUCUAGAGUAAUGCAAGGAAUUGUUUUUCUUGACAAAGCCUUAUUUACCACUUUCAACUGCACUCUUCCCGAAUCGAAUCCUGAAGAGAAUGAAGAAGAAGAUGCACCCUCAAAUGAUUUACCUGUCUUUCAAAUAUCGCUUUCCGCCUUGCUCGAAACUUUACAAAUUUUCGGCGCAGCAGAUGCUACUUCACGAUUUUCCAGACCCGAAAAUGAAGGAUAUAAUAGUAAUAUUCGUCCCAAUCGACAAAAUGCAUUCAGCAAUCAAGCUUUAGGAAUGGCGGGCGUAUGUCGAUUCUCUUAUACUGGAACAGGAUCUCCUUUCAGUAUUAUUCUCGAAGAAGCGGGUGUCACUACAACUUGUAACCUUAAUACCUAUGAACCAGAAGACUCGGAAGAAAUCCCAUUUCAACGAAAUGCGAUGCAAGUCAAAAUCAUUACACAAGCUCGAUGGCUUUUCGAUGCUAUUCAAGAGUUAAAUAACAUGACUCCAACUCGACUUGAUAUUCUUGCCCUUCCUUCAAAUCCCUAUUUCAGCUUAUCUGCUUCUGGCCAUUUGGGGAGCGCUAGUGUUGACUUUUCUAAAGGUAGAGAAUUAUUGGAAACUUUUACUGUUAAAGAAAGGUGGUUUCAAAGUUAUCGCUUCGAUAUGGUGAAAGCUGCUGGGGACGCUAUGAGACUAGCAAGUAAAGUUAGCGUAAGAGGGGAUGAGCAAGGCGUUUUGAGCUUACAAUUUAUGGUCGAGGUAGAUGGCGGUGGUGUUAGCUUUGUUGAUUUCAGAUUUGUGCCAUUCAUUCGAGGGGAAGAAGAUGAGGAUGGAGAGAACAGUCAAGAGGAUGAGGAUGAUGAGUUUGGAGAAGGAGGUGAUGAUGCAUAGUAGGCUAUCCCAACAAUAUCAAGCAAACUUUACAUGAUUUGAGUGUCGGAUGUAUCAAAAAACUUCUGGGCUUCAACCUAGCUGUCUUUUGGCAUGUUUCAUCGCCAUCUUCUGUCAUAAAGCGCAUCCAAAUUGUGCUAUUUUUAUUUAAACUUUUGCAGGUUGGAUUGGGCCGUACCACGAUUCAUCUAAAAGCAGUGAAUUUACCCAUUCAUCCACCGUACGUAAGCCCUAGCAAUACUGAGCGACGUAGUCUCAUAAUCAGAAAGACACA